GCAGUUUUCUCUUCUUCAACUCCCGCGAAAUCGGUUGGAAAGUUCCAUCUCUGCCCAAUGCAAUUAGGGCACAAGAAUCUCCUCUCCUACAUUUUGUUCUUCAUUUUCUUUUUGGAGAAUCAUCGAUUCCAUUGUUUUAUUGAUUUUUGGCUCUCCCGCCCUAUUUCUGCACCGGGAGAUCCUUCUCAGGUUUUCCCAUCUGCAUUCCACCGGUUCCUUAACUAAUUGUUUUCUGUAAAGCUACUCGUUUUCUCAGAAAUAGAUUAAUCUUCUUGCUUGAUCAUCAAAUUCGAUUUGUGGAAAUGUAUAUUUCUCUCUGUUAAUUGAUCGGGUCUGGUUAAUUUAUGGAAGGGAUCUGUCCUUCCUGAUUGCUGGGAGUUAUUUUUUUAGUAUGAUGAUGUGACUACAACAAACUCAAUCUGCUCUUGUUGGAGUUAUUUCAACUUAAUUGAAGUCAACUUCUUUUUCGGAAGUAGGAGAAGAAAAGGGAGCUGAUUUUCAAAAUUUUGGCUUUUCAAUGGCGAUGUAUCAAACAAGAAACAUUGGACAUCCUUUGAUGAAUCUUGUGAGGUUGAAAGGUUUUCCUAUACUGCAGCAACUAAAAUUGGAAGAGCGCCUACUUCGAAACUCAUCAGAUAAUUGGUGUAUCAUAAAUGAUGGAACAGAUAAUCCAGCUAUUGUGAUGGGCGUUUCUGGGAAACCUGAUGAGCUCCUUGACAUCAAAUCUGUGUUAGGAGAUCAAAUUCCAGUCAUCAGAAGGUUCACUGGGGGUGGAACUGUUAUUGUUGAUCACAACACGGUCUUUGUCACCUUCAUAUGUAAUAAAGAUGCUGUUUCCGGACUGAAGCCAUUUCCUCAACCUAUCAUGUCCUGGAGUAGUCUAGUAUAUAAUAAAGUAUUCCAAGGAACUGAUUUUUAUCUUCGAGAAAAUGAUUAUGUCUUUGGUAACCGCAAGUUUGGUGGCAAUGCUCAGUCUAUUACUAAAAGCCGGUGGAUCCACCAUACAUCUUUUCUGUGGGACUACGAGGUUAGGAAUAUGGCAUAUCUGAAACAUCCAAAACGGGUUCCUGAUUACCGUGAGGCAAGGAGCCAUUUGGAUUUUUUAUGCAGCUUGAAGGAGUACAUGCCAAGACAGGUAUUUAUUGACAAAACAAUAGAAGCAAUUGAAACUGAGUUUGCUACAAGUUCAAAGCAAUUAGAAGAAUGUGAGAAUUCUUUGACUGGAAACUAUAACCCCACAACAAGGAUGUUGACAGAGCAAGAAUUGGAAACGGCUGCAGGUUGUGUAUCUCAAGAUAGUGAGCUUGAGAAAGUUUCGGACAUAGCAUUAUAACAACAAAUUUUGCUUACAUGAUUAUUUAACACCAAACAAUAACUUUACAUACCCCUCAUUUAUAUUAAUCUUCAAAUCAAUUCAAGUUUUAGCUUUAUUUAUUGUUUUGCAACCUCAUAGUAUGUCCAGAUUUGUUGCUUCUUGAACUUCUAGAUCGUGGGGCACAAUUGUCUCAAUUUGUGGUAUAUCCUCAACUGUUUAACAGAUGAUUGUACAUACAUACGUCAUUAUCGA